AUGUUUAAGAAGUACACCGACUUGUGUGAUGUAGUGUCUCUCCUGGUGUAUUGUCCCUCGGAGAGAGCUUUCCUCUUCACUAAAGAAUCUAGCGGAGAGUUAUGGUUACCUUCUACGAAAUGCGAGAAUAACUGCUGGAAAUCUACUGCCAACAAAAUGAAUUUUGAGUUAUUUGGCGCAGAUGUGGGCCCGCAAUGUACCCCUUUACGAGUAUACAAAAUCUGGUUGCCGAAGCAUGCUCUGCCAUGCGUGUACCAUGCAAUUUACAAGGUGGCCAUUAAAUCUGAUGUGAAAAAAAAGGUCAAGUUAAAAUUAGGGGUGAAGAACAGGAUGCAGUGGCUCAACAUGACAGAACUGGAGCGACAGAGAGCACACGCCAACCUCCGGAGCCCAGAGCUUGCGGUGUUCGCGCUGUUGGUCGCUGGUGAAGCUAAAGAAUCUUCAGAAGCUCAGGAUAUGGACUACAGCAUGCUGAUAGAAGUAUGUGAAGAACAAGCAUUAUUAACGUUUGGCUCUGAUGUCGGUGGUGGUGCGGUUUCCAUGGCUACUCCGAAUUCCCAGCUAUUACUGGCUGCUGGAUACUCUAAGGAUGAUCAACUUCGGCUGUACCGCGAGUUCGUGGUUUUGGUCUACCCGUGCACGUAUAUGAGCACAAACCCGUUUACGCAGUUCAUGGUGGACAUUGGUUGGCAGAAGACGCAAUGUACCGCUCUCUUCAGAGCGGCAGAUGUAACAGGACGAGGUGGUCUUACGUUCCAGGAGCUCAUGCUUUGGUCUGCAGCUCUAGAACCUAAUACACAGCACAGUGGUUUACCAGCCGAAAUAAGAUGCAGAUAUAUCUUCAGAUACUUCGAUAGCAAUCGUGAUUCUAAACUGGAGUAUGUGGAGUUCAAGGAUCUUGUGGCUGCAGCUCGAACUGCUCGUCAGCUGCCUGUCGACGCUCUCAACGUUGCAAGAGACGCUGAUGUCUGUCUAAGACAGUUAGGUCUUCAACCGAACAUUCAAUUACCACUGGAGGAAUUCCUGCGUGGCGUCGGGGAACUUCGACUCAGAGGGACAAGUUCGCUUCUAAGAUCUCCUAAAAGUAUCUCUGGUUAUCUUAUGGAUUUACAAGAAAGAGACAAAGAACUGAAUUUAAUACCGACCACUUCUAAAUAUGAAGACGCUUCGAGCCCGGGCUUGGCGCGCUCGGAGAGCGGGCGCGCCACCGCGAGCGCCACGCGGCGGCUCGUGCAGCCCGACUACCACGUCGCCACCUACACCGUGCGCAUGCGCCGCAGGCCGCCCUUUGAGAUGAUUGAGCUCUCCCACUUUGACGAGGAUGCGGUGACCCCAUCAACAAUCCGCUUGUUGAGCGGCAUAACGCAGUCACUCGAUGUCCUCGGCCCGGGUUCGCUUCCAGUCGAGGCGUUGGCGGCGGUUCAUUACUUCGCGACGGCUAUUGAGAAAGCUAAUCGCAACUCGCAAGAGAUUGGACAAAACAGCAGUAUGAUAAUGGCUAAGCCAGCGUGGGCAUGGGCGAAUCCCAGCGAAGAAGCUGCACUAGGAGCCUUGCUGCUGCGGCUAGCUGAAGCGGUACGCCCCAUAUGCGCUGCGGAACCGAGACUUCUGCGUCUCAACUCUCCAUGUUACGUCGUUGGUGAUCUACACGGCAACUUAGGAGCUCUCCUAUCAAUGGAAUCAGCUCUCUGGUCAGGAGGGGCGGUGGUGUCUGCUGCGCGGCUCCUUUUCCUGGGGGACUUCGUAGACCGGGGGGCCCAUGGAGCUGAGCUGAUGGCGUACUUACUCGCCGCUAAGCUUCAGCGGCCGGCUGCUGUACUUCUCCUUAGAGGGAAUCACGAGACCAGGGAUAUACAGAAGAUGUUUACGUUUUAUAAUGAAUGUGUCUCAAAAUAUGGCGACGCGGAAGGUGUGAAGAUAUGGAAUGCUAUAAACAAUGUUUUCGACGCGUUACCCUUGGCUGCAGUUGUUGAUGAAAAGGUGUUCUGUUGUCACGGAGGUAUACCGCCACCCUGGGUGUGUCCCUUGAUAUCGGCAAUUGACAAGGUGCCCGUACCACUUCCGAAGCCAGCCGAACAGAGUUCAAUAGCGUGGGAGCUUUUGUGGAAUGAUCCUAUCAAGCCGAACAAAAUGACAGCGACCCUUCAACUAGAGUUAGCCGCUAACGAGGGCUUCGCAGCGAACUCCAAGCGAGGCACUGGACACGUAUUCAAUCAGGCGGCGCUUGACCGAUUCCUGCUCUCCAAUGGACUGUCACACGUGCUGCGAGCGCAUGAACUGCAUCAGAAUGGCUUUAUGUGUCAGCUCCGAGGUCGGCUCAUCACGGUGUUCUCGUCGUACCACUACUGCGGCGGCUCCAACGAUUCCGGCGUCGCUCUCCUUGAGGGGGGGAAGCUGAGGCUGCUGAGAGUUACCAUCGAUUGA